AUGUGGCUAAAAGAAGCUAUGUUUCUUUGCUCUUCUAUCCCAACUACAAAAAACUUCUUCUUCAUCUCUGCCACAAAUAUCCCAUUUUCUUCAUCUCCAAAUCCUCCUUUCCUCAGAUUUCAUACUUCUCACCGCGAAAAUCUCCGUUAUCUAAAAUCUCUUGGAAUUAUCAAGCCUGGUACCAAAACCUAUAAAACAAACCCAUCCCCAGAAUCUCUUUCCCAAAUUUUAUCCACGGUGAACUUCCUCAAUUCCCAAGGUUUCUCCCAGGCUGAUAUAUCCAGAAUUGCUCUUGUUUGUGACCAUGUAUUUACUCCUGAAUUUAGUGUUGAAUCUGUAUUUGAUUUCUUCAAGUUUGAUUUAGCUGCAACCCCAGAAGAAACUCAAGGUUUAAUUCUUCGAUGCCCUCAAAUUCUUGAAUCCAAUGUCCAAUUCUGUUUGAGACCAACACUGCUUUAUCUUAAAGAAUUAGACAUUGGAAACUUGAACUUGCCAACAAACUUAAAUGCUCAUCUACUGAAUACCCGAGUGGAUAAAUUGCAAGAAAAAGUUACAUUUUUGCAGGGAAUUGGGUUAUCUUAUGAAGAAUCAGCCAAGUUUUGUGCUAGAUUUCCUGCUAUAUUUGGUUAUAGCAUUGAACACAACUUGUGGCCAAAGUAUGAGUAUUUGGUUGAGGGUAUGAAGAAGGAUAUUGAGGAACUGAAACUGUUCCCUCAGUACUUUGCUUUCAGCCUUAGAAACCGGAUUGUUCCUAGACAUUUGCAUCUCAAGGAAAGAAAUGUUGCAAUUCCCGUGAAAAGAAUGUUGCUGUGGAGUGAUCAAAGAUUUUAUGCUAAAUGGAAAUGA